AUGCAAUGGAAUCACUCGGCAGCCACACGUGGGACAGAGGACCCGGAGAAGCGGCCGAUGCUCAAGCAUCUGCCGCCAGAUGAUCCGGUCACUUCCCACGUUGGCCACGAUAUAAAGACGCCCUUCUGGGAGCCUCGAUCAUCUUCGACUAUCUCCUGGCGCAAAUCCAUCUGCAUCACCCUCCUCCUGCUCGUCAUGAGCAUCCUCUCCCUCGUCACCUUCUUCUCUCUCGGGGUGGGCAUCUCUGGCCUACCCCACGGGCCCGCGAAGACCGCCGAGAGCCCCAUCAAGAAUGUCGUCGUGCUGGUGCAGGAGAACCUGUCCUUCGACGUCUUCGCCGGCGGCCUGACCUACAACCCGGACAUCGACGGGCUGGUUAAGACGGGCUACUGCAAUCCCGCCAAUGUGUCGGACCCCACGUCGGAGAGGGUGUGCGCGCAGCCCAUCGCCAAGAACGUCGCCCCCGACGAUCCCGAUCACAGUAUUAGCGGCGGCAAUCAGCAGGUCUACAGCACCUACCACCCCAACUACAAGAACGACGUGCCCGACAUGCAGGGCUUCGUCACCGAGCAGAUCGUCUCAUACGGCCUACACGCCGACCUAUCGCGCGCCGCCGAGGUCAUCAACUACUACACCCCCCAGACGGUGCCCGUGUUCAACGCUAUCGCCGAGAACUUCGUGCUCUUCGACCGCUGGUUCGCCUCCGUGCCGGGGCCCACCAACCCCAACCGUGCCUAUCUGACCUCGGGCACCUCGCACGGCCACGGCCAGAACGACGAUGACUUCCUCACCUCCUCGCUGCCGCAGGUCUCCAUCUUCGAGCAGCUGUCCGCCGCCAACGUCAGCUGGAUCAACUACCAGAACACCACCGGCUCCGGCUUCCUGCCCGACGCCCAGUUCUACGAGUGGACCGCCCGCUCCGGCAAGGACAAGACCAACGUCAAGCCGCUGGACCAGUUCUUCCGCGACGCCCAGUCCGGCACCCUGCCGCAGUUCACCUGGAUCAACCCGGAGUGCUGCUCGUACAUGUCCUUCCACCCGCCCUCUCCCAUCAACAUGGGCGAGGGGUUCGUCAAGAGCAUCUACGAGGCCGUGCGCUCGUCCCCCCAGUGGAACGAGACCCUCUUCAUCCUGACCUUCGACGAGCAUGGCGGUUUCGCCGACCACGUCUCGCCGCCGGAGAACGUGCCCGCCGGCGACAACCUCACCUACACCGAGAAGGCCAAGGACGGCCGCCCCACCACUUUCCACUUCGACCGCCUGGGCAUCCGCGUCCCCACCGUGCUCAUCUCCCCCUGGGUCGGCAAGGGCAUCGUCCAGAACCGACCCGUCGCCCAGUCCGGCGAGUUCACCCACACAUCCAUCCUCAAGUAUCUGGCCGACCUGUGGAACUUGGAUGUCCUGACCCCGCGUGUCGAAUGGUCGCCCAACUUCAAGCAUCUCAUCACGCAGAGCUUCCGCUCCGACACCCCCGAGGUGUUGCCCGCUCCGGCUACUUCUUAG